AUGUCGCCUGCAUCCUCCAUCACCGGGUCAAAUGCUCCAUCCGCUGCUUCAGAUCAUGAUGAGUCUACAUACCUUUCCAGAAGCCGAAUUAUCCACUGGGUGCGCAUCGCCUUGUCGUCAUUUUCAUUCGUCCUCGCCGCUGUUGUCAUAGGCUGUGAAAGCCAUGCCAUAAACUACUAUAAAAACACAGUCAAGUAUGACAAGUAUUGGCUUUCCCUGUGGCCAAAGGAGUUGGAUCUAGGUCCAAGCAUCGCUGUCAUCGUCUGUGGUACCGUCAUCCUUGUCUUCAACUUAGCCUAUACCGCAGUUGCUCUAUUGCCUUCGCCACGAUCCCGAGUGCUUCUCCUGAACACCUUUAUUACUAUCAUUGCAUUCAGUGGCUUUGUCGCUGUGGUAGCGGCGGUCUCGACUUCAGUCAUAGCAUAUAACCCCCAUUACUCUGACGGGGGUGCACAGCUAGGCCAGACUCUCAAUUCUUGGGCGUGUACCUGGAGCUUUGCCGGUGGCGUAGACCCCGAAGGAGCCAAGAUCUCGCCAGUGGUCGGCUUCAAUCGUCUUUGCGGAGAGACUCGCGCAUCCUUUGCCGUCAUGUGUGUCUUGAUUGUAUUCCAGUUCCUGGCUUGUAUCUCAGCGGGCUGCGGAUGGUGGCUGGAGGUGGAAGUGAACAAGAAACGGAGAUUUGCUGCUUCUGGAGAGCACCAAACUGAGAAGCACCACGAUACCGUGUAG